AUGGAGUAUUUAUCAAAUGAAAUAUAUUAUGAAAUAUUUGAUUAUCUUGAUGGUUGUGAUAUCUAUCAAUCAUUUUCAAAUCUUAAUCAUCGUUUUCAACAACUUUUAAAUUCAUCAUCAUUAUUAUAUAAACUAAAAUUUCAUUUUAAAACUUAUGAUUUAUUUAUCAAUAAAUAUCAAUAUAUAAAAUAUCUUAAUCGAAAUCAAAUAUUAUCAUUAAAUUUAUCAUCAAAAAUCCAUUAUAUUGAUCAAUUUUUUUCUUCAUUUAAUAUCAAUUCAUUAUUUUAUCAACUUCGUUCAAUUUCUCUUGAGAAGGUUAAAUCAGAAACACUAGUUACUCUAUUAAAAGAUUUUAUUCAUCUUCCAUGUCUUACUUCAUUGAAUAUUCAAUCAUAUGAUGAAUUAUUAGAUCUAUCUCAAAUUUAUUUAUUAAUUUUCUCAUUAUCAAAAUUAAAAUAUCUUACAAUAUCAUCAAAUGGAUUUAAAGAUUCACUUGAAUUACCGGCAUAUUCAACUGAAAAUCAUCAUGAAAUGAGUUCAAUUGAACAUCUUAAUAUUGAUCAUCAUGUUACAUUUAAAGAACUUUCAUCUAUAAUAUCUUAUUUACCUAAACUCUAUGAUUUAGAUUUUGUGCAUGAAAUUGAAGAUGAUUCAACAGUUGAAUUGAUAACAUAUGAUGAAUUAUCAAAAUUAACGAAAAUCUCAAUGACUAUCAGUGAUUUAAAUUUUAAUCAAAUGUAUAUUUUUUUAACAAAAUUACCAUCUACUCUUAAAAUUUUCAAAUUUAUUUUAUGGAAAAUCGAUAUAGAUUAUUUGGAUUUUGAGAUGUGGCAAAAUUUAAUAGAAGAAUAUUUUCCUCAAUUAGAUAAAUUUUAUUUUAAUUAUAAUGCAGGAUGUUCUGAUGAAGACGAAUGGAUAUUUAAUGGUUGUAUGCUUAAUGAAUUUAUUUCUCCAUUUUGGAUCAAUCGACGAUUAUCUGUAGAAAUUAGUCGUGACCAAAAUUUUAUUUCUAUCAAGAUGAAAUCAUAUAAAAAACGAUGGUAUGAAUUAAUUGCUCCUAAUGAAAAGUUUAAUAUGAAUACAUCAACUUUACUUAGUAUUCAAUAUAUUCCGGAUGAGGAUAAAUAUUUAAAAUUUCUAUUUGAAGAAAUUGAAUGGAUUACAGAUUUUGCAACUAUUCAUCAUCUAGAAAUUACUAAACCUUUUUUUAUUGGAAUUCUUAAUAAAAUUUUUGAUAUUUUACCGUAUCUUGAUUCAUUAAAAAUCUCAUCGAUAAUAUUACCGACAGUAACAUUAUUAGAUGAUGAUGAAUUAGAUCAAUUUGAAAAUAUAGCAAUCUAUAAUAGUAUAACCAAAGUUUAUCUUGAAAAAAUGAAUACAUUUGAUGAUGUUCAUUUUCUUUUGGAUUUAUUUCCUCGAUUAAAUUAUCUUCAAAUUGGUUGUCAAAGUGAUAUUGAUAUUCAAUUAUUCUUUCAAGUUAUUUUCAUGAAAAUUAUUAAUAAAGAUGAUUACAAUAUUCGUUCAUUAGCCAUAACUAUUCCAACAGCUGACGAUCAAAUGAUCUAUCGACUUUUAAGAAUACGAGCUAGUCGAAUGAAAUUAAUGGUUGAAACUGGAUUUGCCGUUGGAAGAUUUUGUAAAGACAAACAUUGA